AUGAUUGGGAAUGUUAACUCUGUUCUCAUGAACAUUUGUGUUUACUGGGGACAGAUUUUCCUUCUCCCUAAGAGAAUUACACAAAAGAUUACUGCUAUCUGCAGGUCCUUUUUAUGGUUUGGUACUUAUGAUGAGAGCAGGCCUGGCAGUGUUGUUUGGGACCAUCUGUGUAACCACAAAGACCAAGGUGGGUUGGGUUUUAGGAACAUCUCUCUUUGGAAUCAAGCUGCUGUUGGGAAGCUGGCUUGGGCAAUCAGUCAGAAGCAGGACAAUCUUUGGUUCACUCCCACUCUAGCUGCCAGUAGUGCUAUCAGAUACAUUUGCAAGGUGAAAAACAGUAUUACUGAAGCUCUUGCUUCCACUCAGUGGUUGACUGAUCCCAAUUAUUCUAUUAAGAACAUCUAUGGUGGAUUAUGUACUCAACAACCAAAAGUACAUUGGCACAGAUUUGUUUGGAAUAGAUUUUCAGUUCCAAAGCACAGGUUCACUCUUUGGUUGGCCCUCCUAGACAGACUGAAAACUAGGGCAAGGUUAUUUAAGAUUGGUGUGGGGGAUGAUCCCAGUUGUGCUAUUUGUGGCUCAGUUGUGGAAACCUGUUCCCAUCUGUUCUUUGAAUGCACAUUCAGCACUGACUGUUUACAGUUGGUUCUGAAUUGGCUUGGUUAUACUGUGACCAAGACUAAUCUUACUCAAGUCUUUAUGUGGGUAAGGAGGUACCGUAAGAAAGAGUUCAGAAGGAAGGUCAUCUUCACUGCUUUGGCUGGUCUUGUCUAUCAGAUUUGGAAGGCAAGGAAUGAUGCUGUGUGGAAUCAUCAUGUCCCUACUAAACAGUUUAUCUUGAAGACUAUCCAGUUUGACACUAGGCAUAGGAUUCAAAACUUGCUAGGGAAAACUGUUAGCAGAAUAGACCAUGAUUGGUUUAGGGCCUUGUGA